UUCGGUUUUAAGCAAGAGUUGGAGAGGUUUUGUCAAAAAAUUGGGAGGGUUUCUGAUAAAUCUGAGUCGAUCGGAAACUUCGAGUUGUGUGUUCAGAAAACCCUAAAGACGAUUGCUUUCUAUCAACCAACCAUCAGUUUCUCUGUUGUGAUCAAUCAAGUCGUGUGUGUGUGUGUGUUGUGAACUCAAUUCAUCUUGAGGGGUAGAGAUGGUGUUUGGACAAAUAGUGAUAGGUCCUCCUGGAUCAGGCAAGACUACUUACUGCAAUGGCAUGUCUCAGUUCCUCUCUCUUAUCGGCAGGAAGGUUGCUGUUGUUAAUCUGGAUCCUGCAAACGAUGCAUUACCGUAUGAGUGUGCUGUAAACGUAGAAGAAUUGAUUAAGUUAGAAGAUGUUAUGGCGGAAUUUUCACUUGGUCCUAAUGGAGGUCUGUUACAUUGUAUGGAGUACUUGGAGAAGAACAUUGACUGGCUUGAAGCUAAAUUAAAGCCUCUUUCCAAGGACCAUUACUUUCUCUUUGAUUUUCCUGGCCAAGUGGAACUCUUCUUCAACCAUGACAGUACCAAGAAGGUUCUCACAAAGCUGACUAAAUCGUUGAACCUUAGAUUAACUGCUGUGCAACUAAUUGAUUCCAUUCUAUGUACCGACCCUGGGAACUACGUAAGCGCUUUGCUUCUCUCUUUAUCCACUAUGCUGCAUAUGGAACUCCCACAUGUCAAUGUCUUAUCUAAGAUCGAUUUGAUUGGAAACUACGGGAAGCUAGAUUUCGGUUUAGAUUUCUAUACCGAUGUUCAAGACUUGUCAUACUUACAGCAUCAUCUCAAUCGAGAUCCUCGCUCCGUGAAGUACAGGAAACUAACGAGUGAGCUGUGUAGCGUCGUUGAAGAUUACGGUCUUGUCACUUUUACAACGUUGGAUAUUCAGGAUAAAGAAAGUGUUGGUGAUCUGGUGAAGCUGAUUGAUAAGAGCAAUGGUUACAUAUUUGCAGGCAUUGAUGCAAGUGUGGUUGAGUACAGCAAGAUUUCAGUUCGUCAAACUGAUUGGGAAUAUAACAGAGUUGCCGCCGUGCAAGAGAAGUACAUGAAAGACGAGGAGACAAAAGAGUGAGGGACAGAGAUAAACAUUGAAACUUGCUAAGAAAAAGAGGAAACAUUUGAUGAUCUAUGAACCAGGCUAUAUAUGUAAACGGUUUGUAUGAACCGGUUUUUUUGUUGGGGUUCCGUUCAAGUCCAAACAACAUUUAGUGAGAUAACUUACUGGUUUGGUUGACGACAAUUUAAAUCUUUCACAAAUUAACGUGAACUAGUAGCCAGCCACUAACAUGAAUAAUUU